CAUUGGUUGAAAGGAGGAGCGCGCUAAGAGGCUCCAGCGAAAGCUUAGAAAAUAACCGAGGUGGUGUGAUCACCUCUUGAGUUCAGUCAGUCAGGAGGGAGAAGCCUGGUGACUAGGCCCGAAUGGAGAUGAACGACCAAACGGUACCGGAGACGGCGGCGGCGGACGACGGCGGGCGGAGAGCCAGCCUGAUCGAGGAGCCUCCACCACCGCCGCCGCCGAUGAUCAGCGUGGACAUCGCCGGGGUCCUGCUGCAGUUCUCCAAGACUUUUGUCAUCGUCUUCCCGGUCUACGUGCUCGGCUACCUGGGGUUGAGCUUCAGCUGGGUCCUCAUCGGGCUUCUCGUCUUCUUCUGGUGGCGGAGGAACCGGGGCAACAAGCGCUCCCGCCUGUUCCGGGCGCUGGCGUUCCUGGAGCACGAAGAGAAAACUCUGCAGGAGAACAUCCAGAGCACCGACCUCCCGGCCUGGAUAACUGAUCAGUACAUCGUGGAUACUUUGUCCAAAAUGGAUGUUGUUAUUUUUAAAAAUGAAGAAAAGCACAAACUGAAGCAGUCCAUAAGACCAUAUGCAUCAAGACCAGGACAAAAUCCAGCCUUCACUGACAAAUGGCAAGUAACACUCGUGCUACACAAGUGCCAGGCAAUGACCAUCCCCAACAAGAGAAUUUAAUCCUCAUCUAGAAUUGACAUUGACAUUACCAUCACCACAAUCCCCUACUAUCAACAUUCUGGAGAUUGGUCUUGUUCAAUUCCUUGAAAACCAGUCAUACAAAUACUUUGGUUACAAGGGCGUGUCAGAGGCAUGGAACUCUUGUAAUGAUUAACUUGUUCUCCUGAUUCCCCUUCCUCACAUUCCAUGAGGCACGAAUAAGACUGCGAUUGAAUGCUC